GAAUUACCCUGUAUAAAUAAUGUACUAUUAUUAUUGUUGUUAUUACAGAUAACAAAGUCUAUUUUCUGCCCUAUGUUAAAGAAUACUUGCACCAUAUAAUGAGGUUCCCUAUAUGACCCCAAUUUCCCUAAUUCGACCCCUUUCCCUAUUUGACCCCGAGCGCUAGCGCUACCAACGCGAAACAAGAGCUUCCAACAACUUGAGGCCAAAAGAGCUGUUGUUGUUGCUCUACAUUGCUGUUGUUGUCAGCAUAACAACCAUACCGUAGAUACUGGAGGUGGCCUAAAAUUUGAGUACUUUUGAAAAGUGCCUGGACAGCAAUGGAAAUAGUUCCGAUGCUAGAUGCCGGUUGCCAGGCCGUCUUAGGCAUGUGGUAUCUGUUAGCUGUAGAGGGUGAUGGACCCUCUGCGCGAGUAGGCCACGCAAAUGUAUUAUGCCACUGCCCUGUUAGCGAUUCAUGUGAAAAGGGGGAUGGAGCAUCUGCUGACACAGUCAUAUCAAACUUAUUAAUUGUAGGUGGCGCUACCCCUUCUGGACCAUUCAAUGAUGUAUACAAUUUAGAGCUUUCUCCUGCAAAGUAUAAAUGGUCUAAAAUGCACUCAGAUGGUCUAACCCCUCGUUAUGAGCAUGGAAUAACAAGAAAUAAGAAUGGAGACAUUUUUGUUUUUGGUGGUGCUCAACAGGAUGGAAAUUUAAACACUGUUCAAGUGCUUAGAAAAGGAGCUGAAAAAUGGGAAGAUAUAAACCCUACUGGAUGCUUGCCAGCACCAAGGACCUGUUUGAAUACAGCAACAAUCAGCAAUAAGUUGUAUGUUUUUGGUGGAGGCUUUCAAGGUGCAGUGCCUGUUUCUGAUACUCAAGUGCAUGUUUUUGACCCAGAUGUAUGUACUUGGACCCAACUAAAAUGUACUGGUCAGACACCUUCCCCAAGGCAUGGCCAUGUUAUGGUUGCAUUCGGUAAAAAGAUUUAUGUGCAUGGUGGAAUGGCAGAAAGGGAUAUACAUGGUGAUUUAUACACAUUGGACACAGAAACAAAUAAUUGGGAGGAAAUAAAACAAUCUGGAGAUAUUCCGUCUUCAAGAGCUGCACACUCAGGAGUCGCAGUUGAUAACUUUAUUUAUAUAUUUGGUGGAAUGAACUUUACUGGGGCAUUGAGCGAUCUGUACAGAUUCGAUAUAGAUUUUUUGGUGUGGAACAAAGUUGAAAUUGAAGGAUGCCCUCCACCGCCGCGACUAGACCAUACUUUUAGCUGUAUCACUCACUUCGUUAAAAUUGAAAAUGAGGAGGGAAAAGACUCGCCUUUGUACCGGAAGCAAAAGCUGUUGGUAUCAUUUGGAGGUAUGGACACAACUGGGCAGAUAUUUGAUGACGUAUUUGCAAUAGCUGUAGCAUGAAGAGAGCAACAUACAAGCCUUAAAGACAUUCAAAAACACCACGGAUAUGGCGUAUACUUGAAAUUCGAUCAGCUGCCAUAAACAUGCAAAUUUAAUACUUCAAAGCAGCGAACAAGAGAACUGAUGACGAGUUCCCCUUUGGUGAUUGGGAUUCUUGCCCCCAAUUCACGAAUGGGUAAAGUUUACUUUCAGUUUUCUAAUGUAUUAUAUGCGUUAACUGUGCUGGGCCUUAUUUGCUUGGCGUUAUGUGGAAGAAAUAUUGUAUAGAGUAAAAGAAAUAACAUGCGAUUUAAUACAAUCAAAGUAUCAUUUCCGUUGAUUUGUAAAUACUUCAGCAUUUCAUAGGAGUCGACAAUUUACAAUGAUAGCUUCGACGUUGAUACUUGAUGCUUUCUCUCAGAGGUAAGCACACAAAAGGCACAAACAAAGGCAAUAGAAGCUAGGCGCUCAGAUGUUGAAAACUUUCUGGCUUUCCAUAAACCUAAAGGUCAUAUUGGAAUGCUCCUUUGGUAU